GGCAUAGGCUGCUGGGGCAUUGUUAUCAUUGUGCUUCAGCGGAGGGGUUUUGCGUGCAGGGGGAGGGGUGGAGGGAGGAGAAGAAAGAGGGAAAGUGCGGGGCGAGAGCAUGCAGCAGGGCUGAGGCCGGAGCAGUGGCGGUGCUGGUGUGCCCCGGCUGAGAGGAGCCGCCUGCCCGAGCUCGCUGAGGGGGCACCGGCAAGAGGAGCGAGGCACGAUCCAGGCGUGGGGAAGGCAGGCAGCCAGCCGACAGGAGCCGCCGCCGCACCGGUCUCGCAGCAGCAGCGACUACUUCUUUCUUAUCUCCCAGCCUUUUGUUCGCCCAUCCUCCUCCUCCUCCUCUUCCCUGCCCACCCUCUGCACCGCGGAGGGGGUUCGGCAGAGAGAAAAGCAGCCUGACCCAGAGCUGAGUUUCACCCAUCCUCCGCUCCUCUCUCUCUCCGUCUCUUCCCCCCGCUGCAUCGCUGCCCAUGAGCUAGAGCAGCAGCCGGCAGCCAGCGCCGCGGCAGCCGGCUCCGGCAGGCGGGGGCAGACGCCGUCCGCAGCCCCCAGCAGCUGCCGCUGCCCCACCGGCCUCCCCGCUGCUCCCCUCGCCCCGCUCGGCGGGCUCCAGCCGCGCUCCGGGACUGCUGGGGGCCGCCCUGCCGCCGCCCCUCCUCGCCUCCAUGUGCCGAGUAACGGGAGCGCCGCCGCGGAUCCUGCCGCCGCUGGCGCUGAUGCUGCUAGCGGCCCUGCAGCAGGCACCGAUAAAAGCAACCUGUGAAGAUCUGUCGUGCAAGACUGGAUUUCCUGAAGAUGUUCACAGCGCGGUGGUGUCAAGGAGCGUACACGGAGGACAGCCUCUUCUCAACGUGAGGUUUCGAAGCUGUGAUGGAAACAAAAAAAUACACUUUGGAAGCAGUGAGCCAGAAGAUUUCAGAGUAGGUGAAGAUGGUGUGGUCUACGCAGAGAGAAGCUUCCAGCUUUCAGCAGAGCCCACGGAGUUCGUCGUGUCUGCUCAGGACAAGGAAACCCAGGAAGAAUGGCAGAUGAGAGUGAAGCUAACCCCUGAGCCAGCCUUCACAGGGCCUUCAGAACAGGACCAAAAGAAAAUUGAAGACAUUGUAUUUCCAUGGCAACAACACAAGCACAGCAGCCCUCUGAAGAGGCAGAAGAGAGACUGGGUUAUUCCUCCAAUCAACCUACCUGAAAAUUCCAGAGGACCAUUUCCUCAGGAAUUAGUGAGGAUUCGGUCCGAUCGCGACAAAAGCCUCUCGCUGCGGUACAGCGUGACGGGCCCAGGAGCUGACCAACCUCCAACAGGCAUCUUCAUCAUCAACCCCAUCUCAGGGCAGCUGUCUGUGACAAAGCCUUUAGACCGGGAGCAGAUUGCCUCUUUUCAUCUGAGAGCACAUGCAGUGGAUGUGAAUGGAAACCAGGUGGAGAACCCUAUUGACAUUGUUAUCAAUGUCAUUGAUAUGAAUGACAACAGACCCGAAUUCUUACACCAGGUUUGGAAUGGGACAGUCCCGGAAGGAUCAAAGCCAGGAACCUAUGUGAUGACUGUUACUGCCAUCGAUGCUGAUGACCCCAAUACACAGAAUGGGAUGCUGAGAUACAGGAUUUUGUCCCAGGCCCCCAGCAGCCCUUCUCCAAACAUGUUCACAAUCAACAAUGAGACUGGGGACAUUAUCACCGUAGCAGCUGGGCUUGACAGAGAGAAAGUACAGCAAUAUACAUUAAUAAUUCAAGCUACGGACAUGGAAGGAAACCCAACAUAUGGUCUUUCAAACACAGCAACUGCUGUCAUCACUGUGACAGAUGUCAAUGACAAUCCUCCAGAGUUCACUGCCAUGACUUUCUAUGGGGAAGUGCCAGAGAACAGGGUGGAUGUGAUCGUAGCGAACCUGACGGUAACCGAUAAGGAUCAGCCCCACACGCCGGCCUGGAACGCCCUGUACCGCAUGACCGGAGGCGACCCCACCGGGCGGUUCACCAUCCUGACCGACCCCAACAGCAACGAUGGGCUGGUGACUGUGGUGAAGCCUAUUGACUUCGAGACCAACAGGAUGUUUGUACUGACUGUAGCUGCGGAAAAUCAAGUGCCUUUGGCUAAGGGGAUCCAGCAUCCUCCUCAGUCAACAGCAACUGUGUCCAUCACAGUCAUUGAUGUGAAUGAGAGUCCCUAUUUUGUCCCAAACCCCAAGCUUGUGCGUCAAGAGGAAGGGCUGCAUGCUGGUAGCGUGUUGACGACUUUCACUGCUCAGGACCCGGACCGUUACAUGCAGCAAACCUCUCUAAGGUACUCCAAACUCUCAGAUCCUGCAAACUGGUUGAAAAUUGACCCUGUUAAUGGACAGAUAACUACUACAGCUGUGUUGGACAGAGAGUCAAUAUAUGUGCAAAACAAUAUGUAUAAUGCAACCUUUCUUGCUUCUGAUAAUGGAAUUCCCCCAAUGAGUGGAACUGGCACACUUCAGAUCUACCUGCUGGACAUCAAUGACAAUGCUCCUCAAGUGAACCCAAAAGAAGCUACAACUUGUGAAACUCUGCAGCCUAAUGCAAUUAACAUCACUGCUGUCGACCCUGACAUCGAUCCAAAUGCAGGCCCCUUUGCCUUUGAGCUGCCUGAUACCCCUGCCAGCAUUAAGAGGAACUGGACCAUUGUUCGAAUUAGUGGUGAUCAUGCCCAACUCUCCUUAAGGAUCAGGUUCCUGGAGGCUGGUAUCUAUGAUGUGCCCAUAGUAAUUACAGAUUCUGGAAACCCACAUGCAUCCAGCACUUCUGUGCUGAAAGUGAAGGUUUGCCAGUGUGACAUAAACGGAGACUGCACCGACGUGGACCGGAUUGUCGGCGCAGGGCUGGGCACCGGAGCCAUCAUUGCAAUCCUGCUUUGCAUCAUCAUCCUGCUCAUCCUGGUGUUGAUGUUCGUGGUGUGGAUGAAGCGCCGGGAUAAGGAGCGUCAGGCAAAGCAGCUCUUGAUCGAUCCAGAGGAUGAUGUGAGGGACAACAUCCUGAAGUAUGAUGAAGAAGGUGGUGGAGAAGAAGAUCAGGAUUAUGACUUGAGCCAGCUCCAGCAGCCCGACACUGUGGAACCAGAUGCCAUCAAACCUGUUGGAAUCAGACGUCUUGAUGAGAGGCCAAUCCAUGCAGAACCUCAGUACCCAGUCAGAUCAGCUGCUCCUCAUCCUGGGGACAUUGGGGACUUCAUUAAUGAGGGACUAAAAGCAGCUGACAAUGACCCUACAGCCCCACCCUAUGACUCCCUCUUAGUCUUUGACUAUGAAGGAAGUGGCUCCACUGCUGGAUCCUUGAGCUCUCUUAACUCCUCAAGUAGUGGUGGUGAGCAAGACUAUGACUACCUAAAUGACUGGGGCCCACGUUUCAAGAAGCUGGCCGAUAUGUACGGCGGCGGCGACGACUGAACUCGAGAGGGAACUUUGUUCUUGGACAAGUACAAACAUUUCAACUGAUAUUCCCCCCAAAAAAGCAUACAGAGAAGCUAGGCUUUAACUUUGUAGUCUACUAGCACAAGUGCUUGCUGAAGGCUUUGGCUUAGGCUGCAAAAAACAA